AUGGAUCACACAACGAGCGGCCUUUUAGCAUUUGCGGCGACUACGAGUGUCCGUCUUUCGAGGAAACCGUCCUUACUUCGUCGAGUAGAACUGGCCGAUGUUGUCACAUUAACGCCAAUAAUAGUACCGGCCGAAGGAGAGGUGAUUGCAGUGCAGGUGUUGUCGACGCUGAACCGAUGGGCUAUGAUCGAAGACACCACCGGACAUAUAAGUGACUUGGUGGAAGGUGAUAUUGUCGCGGCUGUCCUCGCAAAGCGACGUUCCUUUCAGGUCUUCAGCUGUGAUAUCCCCUCCAGACUUUCACCGGGGGAUAUUCUGUCUUAUGUUAGCAAGAGCGGAAUAGUGGGGGCGGCCGAGGCCCCCCUUAACGAUAAAGAGAUACCGGUUCAAGUCCGAGUACUCGGUAGUAUACUGAAAGCAGGGGCUCCUGUUAACAUUAAACAUUCAGCAAUCCCCAGAUGCCAAACCCUAAGCCAGUCGGCACCUAUAGUGGUAGUCGCCGGUACCGCGUCAAACACCGGAAAGACCACCACAGUCCGGAAUAUAAUCCAACACCUCAAGUCCAGAGGACUCCGAGUCGCCGGCGCCAAAUUAUCUGGAGUCGCCCUCUGGGGCGAAUUGCGUUGUUUGGCUGCCACAGGGGCUGAUUUAGUUCUGGGUUUCGCUGAUGGUGGGUUACCCACCACUUGCGGUGACCCAACUGAGGUAGUGGAGGUGUCGCUGGGCAUCCUACGUGAGCUCAACAAAAUUAAUCCUGAUGUUAUUGUUGUCGAGUUCGGGUCGUGUCUCCUUGGAUUUUACAACAUCAUGACCGUUUUGGAUUCACCGCAGUUCCGGCAGCAUGUAGCCUCCCUCGUUCUUACGGCGAGUGACACCGUUGCGGCUUGGGGUCUGAAACGUCUGAUGGAAGAGCACAAGGUUGAUAUUACUCUGGUUACAGGCCCUGUGGUAAACAACAUAACCUAUGUGGGUUACAUCGAGAGGGAACUGGACUUGCCGGCUGAGAGCAACACAGGUCCCAUGCCGAAGACGUUCCAGUUGAUAGAUGCGAGGCUCAAUGAAAUUGGGAGGGAGACGGCAAAAACAGAAAUGGCGUUUUUGUAG